AUGGAAAACUGGCUUCAAAUAGGAGAAAGGAACGUGAGAAGGGAAGUGUGGCAGUGCUCACUGAUCAAGGGCGGCCCUGAGGAAAUUAAGGCAAUCGCGCCGCUGGGAUGCAUGAUAGCAAUAGUGUCGAACGAGAUAGGACCUUUUCAGACUGAGGAGGAGAGCGUGAAGUGCGUGCUGAAGAUAUACAACGGGAACUGCGCGUUGGUGACCUCAGUGAAGUGGUACGUGAGAUUCGACAGCAUCCUGGCACUGCACUGGACCGACGGCCUGGAGCUGGCAGCAGUCUUCACGAACGGAUGCGUGAGAGUGUACUCGCCGCACGGAGAGCUGCUGAGGUCGUUCUACCUAAACUCGUACGGGCCGACGAGCAGUAACAGAAUGGAGAAGAACCUGAUACAACACAAGGCGUGGGCGGACGGACUGGUGCUGGUAAACAUGGAAAACCAGAAGAUGUACAUACAGAGAGGGUUCGAGUCACAGAACAGCUGGCUGCUGGACCUGGGAGAGUACGCACUGUCAAUCACGGCGCUGGGAGUGGUGCCGAGCGAGAGCUGGAGCGAAGUGCUGGUGAUCAUGUCGACGUUUCAGGGAACGAGCUACGCAAAGAUGGACCACCUGAUGAAGUGCACGACGUACGAGAACGUGAGCAACUACCUGAUGGAAAUAAAUCCGUGCACGUACACACACAUAUCAAGUUCGCCAUACCACUACAGUGACGUAAGCAAGAGAUUUAAUUGCAAAGAAGGAGACGAAGAAGCUCCAGAAAACGAAUACAGGGAGAAGAGGCGCUACGUAGGCAUGGGAAACAGCGAAGAAGGGCUUCUUACGAGUCUGUGCAUAGCAGAAGAGAGCGUGAAAAUACUGUGGGAGAUAAAGAUGGAGGAGUUCAACAACAUAUACACAAUGUCGGAAGGAAUACUGGCAGUGACGUUUAACACAGCAAGUAGGAACGAAGCGGCGAGAAGAGGAAGCAGCAAAGAAGCGACGCCAAGCGUAAACGGCGAAGUUAACGAGGGGCUUUCGAAGGGAGAAAGAAGCGAGAAGAAGGAAAGUAACAUCCUGAGACUAAUAUACAACGCAAUACACACGAUCAACAUACGCAACUACGUAAUAGAGAUACUGAGCGACAUAGGAGGAGGAAUCAGAGUGUACACAAGAAGUAAAAUCGAGUACAUGGAAGUGGUGACAACAGCAAGUGAGUUGGCACUGUCGAACGAGAGAGGAGACGUGACGAACAACCUGCUGAAGACGUUUGAAAUGUUUAAAAAGGGGCACGAAAAGUCGUCAGAGGCACUGUACUCAAUAAGAGAUAAGCUGAGCAGAGCGAGUAAAAUAUGCCUAGAGGCGUCGAAGGACCAGUGGGACUUUGAAACGGCACUGCUGCUGAUAGAGUUCUCGAUAUUCUCAUCGUCGCUGUCGCCAGUCAACGGCAAAGGAGGCCUAGAUAACGAAAGAAACGGAGUGAGCACACUGGUGUCGGAGUCGAGUGGAAUAGGAGACGCGAAUGAAGUGAGAGGACACAGAGAGUACGAAAAGGAGCACAUCAUAAUAAUAAGUUACCUGAGGCUGUGCAAGGACCUGGUCAACUAUAACAUAUUCACAAACAUAAGACAGCUGCAUUUCUUCGGACUGAGUAGACUAAUAGGGCUCCUGACGAACCUGAAGCUGUACCUGCUGAGCAUACGGAUCUGCGAGUUCUUCAGAGUUAACCCGACGAGAGUGCUACUCGGCUGGAUCACGACGAGAAUUAAGCUGGGCACGCACCUGACGGACUCGGAGCUGUUCAGCCUUAUCACGACGAGGCUGGAAAAGUACCUGGGCACAAUACUGUCAUACUCGAAGGUGGCACAGGUGGUCUUCAAGCAGGGAAGAGAGGUGCUGGCGCUCUCGUUCAUAGAAAAGGAAAAGUGCACGCACAAGCAGUUCAAGGUGCUGAUGAGGUGGAACGAGCUGAGCAGAGCGGCGAAGGUGGCGAACGAGUCAGGAGACCCUGCGCUGGUCAACUACAUCAUACUGAAGACGACGAACAAAAACGACAUUUCGAACGUGGUCACGCUCUCGAAGAACCACAGCCUGAUAAGGAACAUGUUCAUACAGCAGCUGCACCUGAGCGCGAACGAGAAGACGCUGCAGGUCUUCUACGAAAGAAACAACAACGUCUUCGAAGCAGGGCUCAACAGCAUAGAGAUCUACAACAGCCUGGCCGCGAGCAGAGAGUCGCCGGGCGAGAGAGAGGGCAGGCCAAAGGAGGGCGCGCUGAGGAGCGCCAGCGAGGAGGACCUGGUCAAGGAGAUGAAGUACAGCCUCAACUACAGCAACGGCUACUUCGGAAACAAGAGCACGGGCGACGCGGCCUUCUGGUACGAGGCAGUGAACAACGAGAUGCUCCUGCUGGAGCACCAGGCGGCCCUGGAGAGGUCGCACGAGGCCCUCAAGUCGGCGAGGCUCGUGGGCAGGAGCGUGAUGGAGACGCUCUUCGAGCUCUACAAGCUGAACCUGGGGAAGGAGGCCGAGGCGCUCGCGAGCCUCUUCAAGCUCCCGUCCAGCCAGACGCGGUGCACGAAGAUAGCCGCGCUCUACGAGGCGCACAACGUGCAGGAGCUCGUGGCCCUCGUGCAUGACAAGCAGCUGGCGGGCACGUACAUCAGGAGCAACAAGACCUACUUCCACCUCCUUCUGCAGACUCUGGUGAGUCUGGGCGCGAGCAACCAGGUGGACGCGAUGCUGCAGGCGAUGAAGCCUGCGCAGCAGAGCUACUGGCGCGCCUUCAUAAACCAGCAGGGCGGCGCUAGCUAG